AUGAAGCACACCAUUACUUCCACCAGCCUCCACAUCAAGGACAAAGUUCUCUUUGAUGAUUGUAGGGACUUCAUCCUCUGGACGGCAUACGGGCAGCCGUCUGGAAAUAAUUAUUCAGUUUCAUUUGAUGCCAAUGGGGAUCCUGUGGCCAUCUAUGAACUUGUGAACUGGCAGCCUCAGAAAGAUGGUUCAAUUAAAUUUGUAACAGUGGGUCUCUAUGAUGCAUCCCAGCCUAAAGGCCAAGAGUUCAGUCUGAGCAGAGCUGUCAUUUGGAACGAUGGCAGUGAAAAGGUGCCUGCGUCUGUGUGCAGUGCGAGCUGUGACCCAGGCACUAGGAAAGCUGUAAAAAAAGGAAAACCUGUCUGCUGUUAUGACUGCAUUAACUGUGCUGAAGGAGAGAUCAGCAAUGAGACAGAUUCUUCAGAUUGUCACAAAUGCCCACCUGAGUACUGGCCCAAUAAAGAUAAUGAUAAGUGCCUUCCUAAACCAGUGGAGUUUCUGUCCUGGGAUGAGAUCCUCGGAAUCAUCCUGGCUGCUUUCUCUAUUGCUGGCUCUUCAGUGGCUUUGAUCAUAGCUUUAGUGUUCUACAAAAACAGGACUUCUCCAAUAGUUAGAGCCAACAAUUCAGAACUGAGCUUCCUGCUGCUCUUCUCACUGACUCUGUGUUUUCUCUGUUCACUUACUUUUAUUGGUCGACCCACUGAGUGGUCCUGUAUGUUGCGUCACACAGCGUUUGGAAUCACUUUUGUCCUCUGUAUCUCUUGUGUUCUAGGGAAAACAUUAGUGGUGUUAAUGGCCUUCAAGGCUACACUUCCUGGAAAUAAUGUUAUGAAAUGGUUUGGGCCUCCUCAACAGAGACUCACUGUUCUUGGUUUCACUCUUGUGCAGGUUGUUAUCUGUGUGCUUUGGUUAAAAAUAUCCCCUCCUUUUCCAUACAAAAAUAUGCAACACUACAAAGAAAAGAUUGUACUAGAAUGCAGCUUGGGCUCCGGUAUUGGUUUUUGGGCCGUACUGGGUUAUAUAGGCCUCCUAGCUUUCCUUUGCUUUGUUUUAGCUUUUCUGGCCCGAAAGCUUCCAGAUAACUUCAAUGAGGCUAAAUUCAUCACAUUCAGUAUGCUCAUAUUCUCUGCUGUAUGGAUCACUUUUGUGCCUGCUUAUGUCAGUUCUCCAGGAAAAUUUACUGUAGCUGUGGAGAUAUUUGCAAUUUUAGCCUCAAGUUUUGGCUUGAUUUUCUGUAUUUUUGCUCCUAAGUGUUUCAUUAUUAUUUUUAGGCCAGAGCAAAAUACCAAAAAACACCUAAUGGGUAAAGUUACUUCAAAAGCCCCCUGA